AUGGAAGGAGACAGAGAUGCAACAAAAGUUUGUAAUUUACGAGAACGACCAUUAUUAAUACGAGUUAAUGGAAUAUUAUAUGAUAUAGCAUUAUUUGCUUCAAAACAUCCUGGUGGACAAAAGGUACUUAAACAUUUAGCAGGUGAAAAUGUUGAUGAAUAUAUGAAUGGUACUAAGCGUAUCCUUGGGGUUAAACAUGCACAUUCAGCUGCUGCAUAUCGAAUGCUUCAAAAAUAUUCCGUUGAUAAUUGCUAUGAGGGAGACGAUGAAUUAUUAUCUGAUAAGCCAAUUUUAAGUAAAGUGGGCUAUUUGGGUGAUCGAUACUGGACGUGGAUUCAUCAACCAUACGAUGGAACACUUCGAUUAUUUGAAUCAGAUAUUUUGGAAAAUAUGACUAGGACAAGUUGGUGGGUGGUACCACUUGUUUGGUUACCUUUGGUGAUUAUCUUUACACUACGCGCUUUUUCAAUGAUUUUCCAGGACUAUGGAUUUCUGUACGGCCUCAUUAUUUGGACGUUCCUUUUUACAUUAGGUGUUCUUGCAUGGACUCUUCUGGAAUAUCUUCUUCAUCGUUUUGCAUUUCACUGGAAGCCUAAUCCAGAAUCACGCAUUCAAAUCAUUUUGCAUUUCCUAUUACAUGGUUUGCAUCAUAAAACACCAAUGGAUGGUGAUCGUUUGGUUUUUCCACCUGUGCCGGCAGCUCCAAUUGUUGCAUUUUUUUAUUAUUUAUAUACUUCAUUACUACCAUACGACUUGUUUUGUUGUUUUGGAGCUGGUAAAUUGUUUGGUUAUAUCAUUUACGAUUGUUCACAUUAUUAUUUUCAUCAUGCCGAUCCAUUACCAGGAACAAAUCUACACUUUCGAAAAGUCUAUCAUAAUAAUCAUCAUUUCAAGCAUUUCGAUUUGGCUUUUGGUAUAUCGACUGUUUUAUGGGAUUAUGUUUUUAAUACAGUUGGUGCAGGUCCACUAUGA